AUGUUUAAGUUCGUAUCAUUAGUUGUCAUCAUAUUGGCUACAACUACUUUUGCCCAAGAAGAUACAAGUGGAGAGAAAGAUUUUGUUACAUUUAUUGCUAUUGAUCUUGGCACAAGUUAUUCAAGUGUUGGUAUCUAUAAAAAUGGUCGUGUAGAUAUCAUUCCUAAUGAUCAUGGGAGUCGUUUAACAGCAUCGUAUGUUGCAUUUACUGCUGAAGGUGAACGUUUAAUUGGUGAUGCAGCUAAAAAUCAAUUGACAUCAAAUCCUGAAAAUACUAUAUUUGAUGUUAAACGUCUUAUUGGUCGUGAAUUUAACGAUCCAAGUAUUCAAUCAGAUAUUAAAAAUCUUCCAUUUAAUGUUAUCAAUUAUAAAUCUAAACCAACAAUAGCUAUAAAUGUUGGAUCAGAGCGAAAAUAUUUCGAACCAGAAGAAAUUUGUGCUAUGUUAAUUGGUAAAAUGCGUGAAAUUGCUGAAGCCUAUCUUGGCUAUAAAGUCACACAUGCUGUUAUUACUGUCCCAUCUUAUUUUAAUAAUGCCCAACGUCAAGCUACUAAAGAUGCUGCAACAAUCUCUGGUCUAGACUACGUGCGUCUAAUAAAUGAACCAACAGCUGCUGCUAUUGCUUAUGGUCUCGAUAAGAGAGAGGAAGCAAAAGAUAUUAUUGUUUUUGAUUUGGGUGGUGGUACAUUAAGUCUAUCAUUAUUAACCAUUGAUAAUGGUGUAUUUGAAGUUGUUGCAACUAAUGGUAAUACACAUUUAGGUGGUAAAGAUUUCGAUGAACGCGUUAUGGAACAUUUCAUAGAAUUAUUUAAAAACAAAACUGAUAAAGAUAUUCGAAAAGAUAAUCAAGCUGAACAAAAAUUACGAUGUGAAGUUGAAAAAGCUAAACGAAUCUUAUCAUCUGAAAAUCAAACAACCAUUGAAAUCGCAUCAUUUUAUUAUAAUGAAUAUAUUAAUGAAAUAUUAACACGUGCAAAAUUUGAAGAAUUAAAUAUGGAUUUAUUUAUUUCAACAAUAAAAUCAAUACAAAAAGUUUUAGAAGAUGGUGAUUUAAAAAAAAAAGAUAUCGCAGAAGUUGUUCUUGUUGGUGGUUCAACACGUAUUCCAAAAAUUCAACAAUUAGUUAAAGAUUUCUUUGAUGGAAAAGAACCAUCCCGUGAUAUUAAUCCAGAUGAAGGUAUUGCUUAUGGUGCUGCUGUUUACGCUGGUGUUCUAUCAGGCGAACAAGAUACUGGUGAUAUCGUUUUACUCGAUGUAAAUCCAUUAACUAUGGGCAUUGAAAUGGAUGGUGGUGUGAUGACAAAAAUUAUUCCACGUAAUACAGUUAUUCCAGUCAAGAAAAGUCAAAUUUUAUCCACUGUUGCUGACAAUCAAACAGUUGUAGAAAUUAAAGUAUUCGAAGGUGAACAUCGAAUGACAAAAGACAAUCAUUUUUUAGGUAAAUUUGAUCUUACUGAUAUUGCACUAGGACUGCGAGGUGUACCACAAAUUGAAGUUACUUUUGAGAUUGAUGUCCGUGGUACUCUUAAAGUUACUGCCGAAGAUAAAGGAACACGAAAUAAAAAGAAUCUUGUUAUUAAUUCCAAUUCAAAUC